GGAGAAAAGAAGAAACGCGUCGGAGGCGACAGGAGAGAGAGGAAGCAGAGAAAGUUGGUAGAGGAGCGGAGAGGUGUCGACCAGAUGGGAGGAAGGAAGGAAAGGAUCUCUCCGCGGGCUCAAGUGCGCGAUUAAAGGAUUCUGCAUGAAUAAACAAAUAUAUGAAUCAAAGCUUAUAAUAAGAAAAGGGGGAGUUAGAGGCGCGCCACCGCGUUGCGUGGACGCGGACAAGACAGCGGCGCUGAAACAAGUCCUGUCUUUCUCUCUCUGGAUUUUACUCCUCAUGUUCUUCAAACUCUCGGUGAGCUUCACUAACUCCUGAAGUCACUGUCUGAAAAACUUUCCCUCCCCUUUCCACCUCACCCUCUCCCCGGAAAAGAAGAAGAAGCUCCGGGGUGGAAGUGGAGGAAGGAAGAGUGUUUUUUGUUCCUUCCGAGGAGUGCAGCUCGCCGUAGCCGGGGUUUAGGCGUUGGCACCCGGGCAGGGAGUCCCUCGCCAUGGCCGGGGCCAAGCCGGGAGUCCACGCGCUGCAGCUCAAACCCGUGUCCGUCCACGAAGCGCUCAAGAAAGGAGGCAAAUUCAUCAAAUGGGACGAGGAGCCCAACAGCGGGCCCCCCACCCUGGUAACCCUGAAAGUUGACCCAGAUGGAUUCUUCCUCUACUGGACUGGAGGGUCCAACCUGGAGGUGGAGAUUCUGGACAUCAGCACCAUCAGAGACACCAGAACAGGAAAAUACGCCAAACUACCAAAGGACCAGAAGCUGCGAGAGGUGCUGGGCUUCGGUAAAGGCGACUCCGUUGAAAGGAAGCUGGUAACUGUCGUCCAUGGCAAUGACCUGGUCAACACCUCCUUCCUCAACUUCCAGGCUAUGCAGGAAGAUACAGCCAAGAUUUGGACAGAUGAACUGUUCACUUUGGCCACAAACAUACUUUCCCAGAAUGCAUCACGGCACACCUUCCUCCUCAAAGCGCACACUAAGUUAAAGCUGCAGGUGAAUCAGGACGGGAAGAUUCCUGUGAAGAAUAUUCUGAAGAUGUUUUCAGAUAAAAAGAGAGUGGAGACGGCUCUGGAGCAGUGUGGCCUCGUCAAUAACAGGACAGAGGGAAUCAAGCCAGAUGACUUCACGUGGGAGUCCUUCCAGAAGUUCCUCGACACCCUCUCUCUCCGGCCUGAGAUACAAAGCAUCUUUGAGGAAAGUGGCUCCAAGAGGAAGCCAUUCAUCUCUCUGGACCAGCUGAUGGACUUCAUUAACCGCAGGCAGCGAGACUCCAGACUGAACGAGGUGCUGUACCCCCCGCUGAAAAGAGAGCAGGUCCGACAGAUCAUGGAGAAAUAUGAGACCAACACCAGCCAGCUGGAGCGAGACCAGAUCAGCUUGCAGGCUUUCAGCCGGUAUCUAGGAGGAGAGGAAAACAGCAUCGUGCCACCAGAGAGGCUGGAUAUCAUCGACGACAUGAACCAACCGCUUUCUCACUACUUUAUCAACUCCUCACACAACACAUACCUCACAGUGGGUCAGCUGACCGGUCUGUCGUCAGUGGAGAUGUACAGGCAGGUGCUGCUAACCGGCUGUCGGUGUAUAGAGCUGGACUGCUGGAAGGGCCGGCCGCAAGAUGAGGAACCCUACAUCACCCACGGGUUCACCAUGACCACUGAGAUCCCCUUUAAGGAGGUGAUUGAGGCGAUAGCAGAGAGUGCUUUCAAGACCUCACAGUAUCCCCUCAUCCUCUCCUUUGAAAACCACGUAGAUUCGGCCAAGCAGCAGGCCAAAAUGGCAGAAUACUGCAGGACCAUCUUUGGAGACGCCCUGCUCAUUGAGCCACUGGAGAAAUAUCCGCUGGUCCCUGGUCAGCCCCUCCCCUCACCACAGGAAAUGCUGGGAAAGAUUCUCAUCAAAAACAAGAAGAAGCACCAUCACCACCGACCCUCGAGCAGUGGCAGCAUCCGGCGCAGAGAGCUAGAGGAGCAGUCGUCACCCAACAACGACUGCCCCCUGACCGACGGCGAGGGAAGCCAGCUCCUGUCUAACGGAGAAGAAAAGCUGGCUGAGACGAUGGUCAAAGACUCUGAGCCUCGCAAAUCCAUCGGAGGUGAGGGAGAAAGCGAGGAGGAUGAGGAAGAUGAAUCGGCGACGGAACCGAAAAAGCCGAACUCUGAUGAGGGUACAGCCAGCAGUGAGGUGAACGCCACAGAGGAGAUGUCAACACUCGUCAACUACAUCGAACCUGUCAAAUUCAAGAGUUUCGAGGUGGCAAACAAAAGGAGGAAGUACUUUGAGAUGUCGUCUUUGGUGGAAACAAAAGGCAUGGACACCCUGAAAGGCUCCCCCAUCGAGUUCGUCGAGUACAAUAAGAAUCAGCUGAGCCGGAUCUACCCUAAAGGAACAAGAGUGGACAGCUCCAACUACAUGCCCCAGCUCUUCUGGAACGUCGGCUGCCAGAUGGUGGCGCUAAACUUCCAGACCCUCGACCUCCCUAUGCAGCUGAACAUGGGUGUGUUUGAGUACAACGGCCACAGCGGCUACCUGCUGAAACCUGAGUUCAUGAGGAGGACGGACAAACACUUUGACCCUUUCACAGAAAACAUAGUGGAUGGAAUAGUCGCCAAUACUGUCAAAAUCAGGGUGAUCUCAGGCCAGUUUCUGACAGAUAAAAAGGUUGGUGUGUAUGUGGAAGUGGACAUAUUUGGACUUCCUGCCGAUACAAAGAGGAAGUACAGAACCAAAACAUCCAACGGGAAUUCGCUGGACCCUGUGUGGGACGAUGAGAUGUUUGUGUUUAAUAAGAUCGUCCUCCCUACGCUGGCCUCUCUGAGGAUAGCGGUGUUUGAAGAAAAUGGAAAGUUUAUUGGACACCGGAUCCUCCCUGUGUCGGCCAUCAGACCUGGCUACCACUACAUCAACUUGAAGAAUGAGCUGAACCAGCCCCUCCUCCUGCCCUCUCUGCUGGUUUACACUGAAGCUCAGGACUACAUCCCUAAUGAACACCAGGAGUACGCAGAGGCUCUGACCAACCCCAUUAAGCACAUCAGUCAGCUGCACAAGAGAGAGACACAGCUGGCUGUUCUCAUAGAGGACAACAAUGAGCAUGUCCCCAACCAGCCCAAAGAGAGAGAGAGCAAGGGAGAGAGUGAAGUCAUUCUGGGAGGUGGAGUCCCCUCCCCCUUUGACGUCCUCCCUCCCUGCUCAUUGGAUGAAGCCCCUGACAUCAUCAAAUUACCUGCACCGGCGCCAAGUCCGAAGGAAGACCUCAUAGCCACUGUUCUGGCAGACGUCUAUGUCCAGUCGAUAGAGGAGCUGAAGCAGCAGAAAGGCUAUUUGAAGCUGCUAAAGAAACAGGGCAAAGAACUCAAGGAGAUGCGUAAGAAACAUCUCAAAAAGGUGUGGAAUCUGAGUAAGGAGCAGAAGAGUCGGAACAGCCAGCUUCACUCAGACACCCAGAGGAGACGCAGUCAGAUGGAGAAGCACCUCAAACGUAGCAUCAAGAAAAACGAGCCUUAUGAGCCGGUGCAGCGGGAGCUGACAGCAUUGGAUCAGGAGCUUGAGAAGCAGACGGUCCAGCUGAGGGAAUGGCAGAUGCAAGAACUACUGAAGCUCAGACAGCAGCUCCACUCACCGGAGAGAGAGAAGCAACAAACACACCUGCAGGAGGCCUUCCAGAAGUUAAAGGAGACGGCACAUGAAUGCCAAGCAAAUCAGCUGAAGAAGCUCAAGGAGACGUGUGAGAAGGAGAAGAAAGACCUCCAAAAGAUCCUGGACAGGAAGCGACAAAACAGCAUCUGCGAAGCAAAGACCCGCGACAAAGACAAGGCUGAAACGGAGCUGAAUGAGAUCAACAGGAAACACAUUCAAGAUUCUGUCUCCUUAAUCCGCGGGCUGGAGGAGGCUCAGACCAGGAGACAGGACAAGCUGAUGCUGAGGCAGCGGGAGGUGCUGCAACACAUAGAUGACGAACUUCCUCUGCUCCAGGCUCAGUUGGAGAGGGAACUUGACCAGGAGUAUCAUCGACUACCGGAGGAAAUUUGCGAGCACCUUCAGCUGGAGCUCCAGAAUAAAGGUCUCCGAAAAGACGCCCUGUUCUCGUCCUUGUCCAACAACAGCAGCCCAAGCUCCGGCUCCGGCCCGCCCUCCAACUGCUCCACACCCUCUUACCCAUCCACGCCUAAUCGGAGCCCCUGGAACAGGAGCAUGGACAAUAGCACUGCCUCAUUGGCCGAUUCCACUUCCUCGUCCACCACUCCCGUCCUGUCAGAGGCAGAGAUGUCGUUCAGUUAGAAUUAUUACUUGUAAAAAGGAAAAUGCGUACAUUCAACUGGGGUCUAUAAUGAUUAUAAUGUGGGAUAGUAAUGAUAUUAAUUAUUUACUAAUUUUAUUCCUUUUUUAUUACAGACUGUUUUGUUCUUGUCUACAGAGCUAUAUUAUUUUUAUUUCGCCGCUUUUGUCAGAUGCACAUCAUGCCUUUUGUUGGAAGAUUUCAUAAGAAUCAUAACCAAACUUUUUUUUUUAAACCUUUUUUUACAUUUUCUUGUCUCUUUGUCUUGCUUUUAAUGUCAUGUCCUUUGAUAUGUUUUUUUUCUUUGAAUCAUUUUCAUUUAUGUCUGGUCAGUAAGCUUUACUAUGGUUUAGAGCUUUAUGUCUGCACUGUUUGUAACAGCUUCAUCCUCUUAAUUGACACUUUUUGAAAGCUUUAUGGUGUGUAGAGAGAGAAGCUGGGUUAGAAAAUAGCUGACUUUGUUCAGAAAAACUGAAUCAAGAGUGAUCAGAAAAAAGAAUUCUUAUAUUUUGUUUGUACCAACGUUAGACCAACGAAAUUGUUUCAUAAUGGCUUCAUGUCAUACAAACAGAUGAGGAAUUAUUUAAAUUACAGCCCAUUGAGUGCUACAAAUAAAUGUCAAUAACCACAACUUUAACACUUUUGCAAGAAAAAAUAUUAGAAAAGUAUAUUCCAGAAUUAAGUAUCAAGAGUGAAUAUGAUGGAAAAGAAGGCAGAAUUGGAAAAAAAGAGGCUUUGAAGUUUUAGCUGCAGUGGCGGUAGCUGGCCAGCAGGUAGUACUGCAGCUUUAGCUUUUAUUUCAAACUGAUGGUUUGAGCCUUCAAUUCAUCCAGCCUGAUUAUCCUGCUAUACAUACACAAACACAUGCACACAUGCACACACACACACACACACACACACACACACACACACCUGUCUCAGCAGGAUUUGCAGCGUCACUGGUCGAAAUAAAGUCUCUGGCCUUUAACCACCAACCAAAGUGCAGCCAAGGUUACAGCACACGUCGGUCAGCACACGUCAGUCUGGAUAGAAACAAGUGUGUGUGUGUGAGGGUUAAAAAAGGGAGGGUUUUGGAGAUGUAACACUCAUUUUCGCUCACACACUGUAUUUGCUACUAAGGCGUCUACGUAAAUUCCAUCCACACAUAGUGGUACGCGCACACACACACACACACACACACACACACACAAUUUUUAUUGGUUCAGUGGCCAAAGCCUUUAAAAUCCUCAUCCCAUCCAAUCUACCCUGUUGGGAAAAACAACACACACACACAUACACUUUAGGAAAGAACUCAUAUUACAUAUCAUUUUUACAAAUAUCACAGAUUACUAAACUCUGCAGGGGUAUUUGUGUGUGGCCAGAAUUUAAUCUCUUGAUGAGACAUCUGCUCUUUCCCACUAAAUGGAUGUGUGUGUGUGUGUGUGUGUGUGUGUGUGUGUGUGUGUGUGUGUGUGUGUGUGUGUGUGUGUGUGUGUGUGUGUGUGUGUGUGUGUGUGUGUGUGUGUGUGUGUGUGUGUGUGUGUGUGUGUGUGUGUGUGUGUGUGUGUGUGUGUGUGUGUGUGUGUGUGUGUGUGUGUGUGUGUGUGGUUUGCCACUUUUGCAGCCUAGAGAAGGACAUCAUGCUUAAACAGCAAUGCCACUGUACUGUAGGAGAUGACUUAAAGCUGCACUACGACAUUUUAAUGGAAAAAACACUCAUUUGUAGUCUGAAUCACUAAAAGAGGCAAAUGUAUGAGGGUUUUCUUUUACAUUGCAACACUGUAGAUGUGCUCCAUUUAAGAAAUUACUAUUGUUUGUGUUUGAUAAUGUAAGAAGUCUGUGUCAGGAGACCGCUUGAUGCUUUGAUCACACCCGAGCCUCAAAAUUAGAGUUGCAGCUUGUUUCUGUGAGCUGCAAUGGAAAACAGUAACUCUCAUCUCCAGAGUUGUAAUUGGACGUUGUAAUAGCCUGUAUACAUUUGAUUUUGGGGUGAAAAUGCCCUUAAAAUACACACAGGUCCCUCAGUUUGUUGGAUAGUCCAUUGAAUGUUGGAUUGUAGUGCACAAACGGUACUUUAAGUUAAUUUUUUUGUCUACAUCGAAGCUUCUUUGCUCUUUGUUUUUAUCCAUUACUAGACUUUUUUUUUUUAACAGCACAAUGUUUUGUGUUUUCCUGUCUUGUCUGCUUUGAGGGGUAAAAUGAUGGCACUCUGUUUAUAUGUAUUCUGUGUAUAUGUUCAGUUUUAUGUGAAUUUUACUACUGACCACAAGUGCUGAAGAGGGAUGGAGGUCAGGAGAGGCCACAGAAAGUUGAGAGAAGUUAAUAUAAUUUUGACUUCUUCCCUCAAAAGAAAAGAUUGUUUUUAGAUGAGAUUCCUGUCUGGUCCUCUUCUACCUCCCUGCCUCAGUGAGCACUGGCUGCCUGUCUAUCUGAUUAUUCCCCCUCACACACAAGUCUUUGUAAACAUCACCUAUUUAAAUUGAAUUUUAACAACUUUUUCUUGUGGUUAUUUAAUGUUUUUAUUGAUGAGUGUAAAAGGUUUUUAUAUAUAAAUCCCACAUUACAGAUAUCUAUUCCACACAUCUUAAAAUAAUAAUGGAGCUUUGCUUUUUAAAGUUAAUUUGACGCAGUUUGACGCCAACAGCUAUAAAAUUGUUGGUUUAACUUAUAGGUCAUCAGUAGGACAUUUACAACAACAUACACCUGCUGGGGUCAGCACUUAAAAUAAGUUUGCUGGCCUUUUUGAACUCUGAUAAUUUAGCAGUCGAAGAUUGUCAGCCUGUUCACCUCUGGCUGUCCUGCACUGCAUACAGUAUGUAAAUGUUUCUGCUCAGCUAUCAUUAUGGACACUAAUGUAUACAGUGUGAGUACCUACUUGCAGUGAAAUAACCACUGGUCUUCUUAAAUUUAAAGGUUUAUUUGCUAAACAAGUAUGCAUUCCCAGCAGGCUUUUUAAGGUUGAGGCGGUCCAAGCCAUUCCAAGUCCAGUGGCAGUAACAUUUAUUAUCAGGUACUCUGUUUUUUGUUUUUUUUUGUAUUUAAUCCCAUUUUAUUACAACCCCAUUCAGCUGAGACUUUAAUGUUUAAAUGCACUUUUCCCUGUUUUUGUUGCUUGUAAAAAGAAAUGAUUUGUUCCUCUGAUAUGAAUAUCAAUACAACCAGUUUUCAGUUAAUUUCAACCCAUGUGUAAAGUUACAACAGUUUAUUUUAACGAGGUUUAGUGGUUGAUGGUGUAGAGUCAUAUAGCACACUUUGACAGUUACAGAAAAAAGUUUGUUUUUUUUCUUUACACUUUUUUAUAUUUGGUAAUAUAUCCACAGAUGCUAAUGUGUGAAGGAAAAAGAAAAUGCAAGAAAAAUACCACAAACUAGAAGUACUUCAGAUAUCAUAUAGAUGUACAGUAUCUUUGUGGAUCAGGAGACAAAAUAUAAGUUUACACGUGGAACUGCUGGACAAAAUUUACUGUAUGAACAAUGGGUAGUUUGUGCUGGGAGAUAUAGAUGGAGACUUUCUAUAUUUAAUCAGUCGAAUAUGGGUUCUUGGAGUACAUGGCAUUUUGGAGGUUGAUAAGAGUUGACACCAGAUUGAUCAGUUUUUCCUGCUAACUCUGAGACUGGAAGGUAGAGAUAAAAUGUCAAUGAGCUACUUUAAUACCGGCUCAUUAGUUAAUAAUGUAACGACUUGAUUCAAAUGUGGAUUAUGAGAGAGCGGGCAAAGAUACGUUUGAGGCCACCUCUCCUGUUUAGGAGGUUGUUGUUCUGAAAUGGUUUCUGAAAUUGUUUUGGUCCUUUUGUAGUUAAUUUUUGUCUGGUUGUUCUUCCUUCAUCUCUAGUCAUGUUGAGUGUCUUAGUUGUGUCUUGUUGUUUUGUGUCUUUGUUAGUUCAGGUUAUCCAGGACUUGAUUCAUUGGUACAAUACCCAACCUAUAAUUAUUUUUAUUUUAUAUGUGAUUGAUAGGCACCAAUAAAAAAUAGAUUAAAUGAUUGUGAAACGUGAAAGGGAUUGCAUAUAGCAAUGAACCCAGAGAACUACUGAGUGUUUCAGCAUCUUUCAGGUUGUUGUUACCAUUUAUCUUUGAUUAGCGAGCUUUACUUUUGACCCAAGUAAAAAAAAAUAAAAAAAAAUUCUCUUACCUGUCGUGCCAUUAAUCAAUCCAGAUUGUUUUGGUGCGAUUAGCAGAGUGUUGGAGAUAUCUGCCUUCUCUUGAAUAUAAUGGAACUAGAUUUCUUGUGGUGUUCAAAGCGCUCAGAGAUCGCUACCACGUUACUGUUGUUAGCACUUUCAUGUUGGAAUUAUUUUCUUUCUCCCGAACAAUUUCACGGCGCAGGCUUGUGCUUGAGACAGCAGGAAAUGUAAACACUGAUGCCGUCCUCUUUGGCUGGCUGUUAGGCCUAGCCAAAGUUACUAGUCGCACGGUGAUACAUUGGUGGAAAAAAAAGUUUCUCCAAGAAACUGCUCACAACAAGGUCUGUGGACUACCUUGAGCAAACAAAUAAUCAGAAAAAAAGACAUUGUUCUUGAGUUUUUCAAAUCUAUAGUUUUGGUGCUUUGAGCAACACAAGUGAAGCGCCAUUUAAUUCCCUUAUAAACAAGAAAAGGUCACUCCAACACAUAACUCUCACCAAAACAAUCUAGAUUUAAAAAUAGCACUACAGGUAAGAGGGGACUAUUAGCAUGUGCAGAGUAGUGCUAUCUACCAGUCACAGAGUUAACCCUGGAGCCAGCAAAAGCAAAGUGGGUCAAACUUCCAAGAAUCCAGUAUAGACUGUUCAAACAUAAUUACUAGGCAAGUUAUUUGGUCUGAAUCUGUAUCUUUAUUGGCUUCCAGUGCAAACCAUGACACUAAAAAGCCUGACAUCAGUUCAUUUCCCUCCAUGCUCAGACACACACACACACACACACACACACACAGACACACACACACAGAGGAGAGAGAAGUCAGUAUGCUAGCGCCGUUAGCUAGUUUCCUUCCCACCAGAAUGGAGCCUGGGGGUUGUUGCUUGUCAGCCGUGAGCUUUAACCUCUGUUAUUUAUGUCCUGUUUAUGUUGAAAACACUCAUUUAAAACAGGCACGCACAAUAUCAUACUCUGACACAAACACAGCAACGUACCAUUAGGCACGACGCUCGCUUCAGCAUUAGACACACAGACACUCCUUGACUUUACUCUUAUUAGACAUUUGGUGUGACUAGUCUCCCUCAGGCCCACCCCGAGGUCCCUGGCUGUCAUGUCGUCUCUCCCUCUCUUUUUCUUCUCCCUCGACCCCUCUGUCCCAUUUCCUCCUCUUCAGUCCCACUCAAUAAUGAGACCAUAUUUUACUUUUGGACUAGUUGAAUUAAUUAAAGGCAGCCGUGUCUUUAAACCUCAGAUAACAAAGAAAGCAUGCGCAAUACAUUAGACAAGAUAUGUAGUGACUUCUGUUGACACUGUAUAUGUGUAUAUGGUUGUUGGAUAUAAGGGAAUACUAUACAAUGAUCCAGAUGUAAUAUUUUAUUCAUAUUAUUAUAAAGUAUAUGACUGAACAUUCAGUAAUAAACCUCCUGUUACAGACCUGAA